CUCGUGAUUGCAAAGGCUUCUCGCUAAACCUCGUUUUUUUCGUGUGUUUCUCGUGAACGGCCUCUUUCCCAUGGUUUAGUGCUGGCAUAAGGCGCAAGGCACCAUGAAGAUCAACGUCAGUUACCCAGCCACUGGCUGUCAGAAGUUAAUUGAGGUGGAUGAUGAGUUCAAGAUGAGGGCCUUCUACGAGAAGCGGAUGGCCCAGGAGUGCUCUGCAGAGAGCUUAGGGGAUGAAUGGAAGGGGUACAUCGUGCGCAUCAGUGGAGGCAAUGACAAGCAAGGCUUCCCCAUGAAACAGGGCGUCCUGACCAAUGGCCGUGCACGCUUGCUGCUGUCCAAGGGGCAUUCCUGCUACCGGCCACGCCGCAAGGGUGAGCGUAGGCGCAAGUCGGUCCGAGGAUGCAUUGUGGACAGCAACCUCUCCGUUCUCAACUUGGUCAUCGUCAAGAAGGGUGACAAUGACAUCCCAGGCCUGACAGAUAAAACCAUCCCCCGCCGACUGGGCCCCAAGAGAGCAGGCAAGAUCCGCAAACUCUUCAACUUGUCCAAGGAAGAUGACGUCCGUCAGUACGUUGUUAAGCGGCUCCUCCCGGAGAAAGCAGACAAGAAAGACCAGAAGCCCCGCUACAAGGCCCCUAAGAUCCAGCGUCUCAUCACACCCCAGCGCCUUCAACGCAAGCGCCACAACCUGGCCCUGAAGCGCCGCCGGGCCGCCAAGAACAAGGAGCAGGCAGCCGAGUACGCCAAGCUCCUGGCCCAGCGCCAGAAGGAGAAGAGGGAGGCCCAUCUCAAGCGCAAGCGCUCAGCCUCCAUGCGAGAGUCCCACAGAGAAUCCACCAGCAAGUAGAAAAAAAUCGGAAAGACGCAGGUGUCUCUAGCGAGCAAGGGGUUCUUGUGGCUGGGUUGUAGUUGGAUUGGGACAGGAUGGCUUGCAACGUCAGCAGCUGAACUUGAACAGCAAAGCUUAAAAAUGUUUAACUUAAUGUUAAACAAUAUUACUGAAUUUUUGAAGCGCUUUUCAAGUUAAGCUGAAUAAUUGCCAGUGGCAUAAUGGGUAGAUCAAUUUGUCCAGGAAGAAGCACGCUUUUAAGUUGGUUAAAAAAAAAAACUCCAACAUGACAUUUGAGAUUAAUCCACUGGACUACCAAGGAAAUAAAACACCACAAAGAAGAAGCCAA